UUGACAUUCUUCUUCAUUCUUUCCGUUCAUCAUUUUCUCUCUCUUCUCUCGGUUUCCAUCAUACACUCCACUAAUCAAUUACACUACUUCCCUUCCAUUUCUCUAUUCUCAGAACAAAAAUAUACGCUCUCUCUCUCUCUCUCUCUCUCUCUCUCUCCUGGUUCCCAACAAGGCAAGAACAGCCCCGCCUCUUUCAUCUCCAGAACUCUCUGUGUGUGUGUGUGUGUGUGUUUAAGUAGAGAUGGAGGGGAGUUCGACGAGGAGUGAGGGCAGCGUCACGUGCGGCACGUGGAUCCGGCGGCCGGAGAACGCGCACCUCGCGGUGGUGGGGAAGGCGAGGCACGGCGAUCAGCCGUCGAUGCUCGAGAUCUUCUCCUUCGAUCCCAAGACUUCCUCUCUCUUCCCCUUUCCCUCGGCUAUGUACGUGAUCGAAGAAGGCGAGCCCGUGAGCAUCGUGGUGCACCCCAGUGGUGACGACUUCGUUUGCUCUACCACGGUUGGUGCCUGCAAAUGGAUUGAGUUGCGUGGUCACGGAGAUAAUAUUGAACUGUUGGCCAAAGACGUGGUUCCUCUACAAGGCGCUGGCCUGCAGAAAUGCCUUGCCUUUAGUUUUGAUGGAUCUAGAUUUGCUAGUGGUGGGGUGGAUGGGAAUCUCAGAGUAUUUGAGUGGCCAAGCCUGAACAUCAUUCUAGACGAACCGAGAGCUCACAAGUCCUUCCAAGAUAUGGAUUUCAGCCUAGACUCAGAGUUCUUGGCUACAACAUCUAGUGAUGGCUCAGGUAGAAUAUGGAAGGCAGAUGAUGGUGUUCCGGUGACUUCUUUGAUGCGCAACUCGGAUGAAAAGAUAGAACUAUGCCGGUUUUCAAAGGAUGGGACAAAACCAUUUUUAUUUUGCACUGUUCAAAAAGGUAAUAAAGCACUCACUGCCGUUUGGGACAUCAGUACGUGGGAAAGAAUUGGGCACAAGAGACUACUUAGAAAGCCUGCUUCUAAAAUGUCUGUCAGUCUGGACGGGAAAUAUCUUGCUUUAGGAAGCAAAGACGGGGACGUAUGUGUAGUUGAGGUUAAGAAAAUGGUGAUCAGCCACUGGAGUAAGAAGCUUCAUUUGGGUUCAUGCAUUGCGUCACUCGAGUUCUGUCCCAGUGAAAGAGUUGUGCUUACUACUUCUAAGGAAUGGGGAGCCAUGGUGACUAAGCUUACUGUUCCUGCUGAUUGGAAAGAUUGGCAGAUUUAUUUGCUUCUUUUGGGAUUAUUUUUGGCAUCAGCUGUUGCAUUCUACGUAGUUUUUGAGAAGUCCGAUUGGUUUUGGAACUUCCCCAUUGGUAGGGAUCAACCUGCUAGACCAAACCUUGAAUCUCUUAUAGGAGAUCCACAAUCCGAUGAUCAAAAUAUUUGGGGUGCUUUCGGAGUGGGUAUGUAAGCUGUUGCAAAGUUAUCCGAAAGGUGGAAUUAGCCCUGGGUUACGAAUUAAGGUCCCACUUUUUGCUUGGCCUUUUUCCUUUCUCUAACUCGGAUUAGCCAUUGUUGGCCUUCAACAUGUUGUUUUUGUAUCUUUUGGGGGAAAUUGUAUCUAGAUGUAGACUGCUCUCUGUUUCUUGUCCUUUCAGCCGAGGGUAUGUCAUAUUUUUGUUACUGAAUUGUUUACUAACUUUAGCGAUUGCCGAAAAACAUUUUCCGUUAGUGUAAAAGAAAGCUGUAAACAUUAUGGUAUUUCUUCUGUUUCGGCUCAUGUGCAUGCUUAUGUAUUUUUAAGGAAAUGUGAUUGUGAGUGACUA